CCGCGCGCUGCGGACUACACUUCCCGGCAGGACGCGGGCGCGCGCACGCGCACCGGGGCCUCCACCAUGGCGACCGUGCUGUCCAGGGCGCUCAAGCUCCCGGGGAAGAAGAGCCCAGACCUGGGGGAGUAUGACCCCCUCACCCAGGCCGACAGCGACGAGAGCGAAGAUGACCUUGUGCUCAACCUGCAGCAGAAGAACGGAGGGCUCAAGAACGGGAAGAGUCCUCUGGGAGAAGCGCCAGAGCCGGACUCAGAUGCCGAGGCCGCCGGGGCUGCAAAGCCACACCUUUCGGAAGUCGCCACGGAGGGGUACCCCUCGGAACCCCCGGGAGGCCUGGAGCAGAAGGCGACCUCCUCCCUGGUGUCCUACGUGCGCACAUCCGUCUUCCUGCUGACUCUGGGGAUCUCGAUGAUCCUGGUGCUCCUGUGCGCUUUCCUGAUCCCCUGUCCUCCCCGGGACCUGCACAGCACGUGGAGCCGCCACUUGGGCGCCCAGGGAGGUGGGGACCUGUCUCCGCUGGAACUGGCCGACGUGAAUGGAGACGGCCUGCGUGACGUGCUUCUCUCCUUUGUGGGCUCCAGGAAUGGGAGCGCAGUAGGUGUCUCAGGACCAGCUGCUAAUCUUGUAUGCCUUUCGGGGAUGAAUGGCAGCACGCUGUGGUCGAGUCCCCUCCCCGAGGAGGCCCGAGAUAUCACGUGUUUGGACCUGGUGCCAGGAGGUUCGGCUGGAACCGUCUGCCUGGUGACAGGAACUCACAAGAUGCUCAGCGCCUUCAAUGCAACGUCAGGGAAAGCCAUUUGGACUUUAAACUCAAACUACUUAUCCAACGGCACCUUGGCUGCCCCGGUCGUGGUGUUGCCGGACUUGGACGAAGAUGGCGUUAGAGAUCUUGUGGUUCUGGCCAUUGGAGAAUUGCAGGAAAUAUACAACUGUCGCCCUGGGGGACAUUUUUGUUCAGGCCAAAAUCGAGACAGCUCACCACCUUCUCGUCAGAUAGAAGAGCCAGAAUGGGAGAAGCGAAGAUCCAUCAACCUGUCUGAGCUCAUUGACGUGUACAGUGAUGGUGUCGAGCUGCUCCAGAUGGUGAAGGCGCCAGAUUCCAACUGCAGCAACCUUCUGAUUACAACCAGACAAGGCCUCGUCCUGCUUCGGGGGCAAAAUCUUACACCGUACUGGACAGUGAGCCUUCAAGGCCUGCACAGCCAGCCCACUCCUGGGUAUUUCACCGAUGAUCACACGCUAGACUUCCUUCUGCAGAUACAGGAUGGAGUUGGGAUGAAAAAGAUGAUGGUGGUGGAUGGUGAAUCUGGCUCCAUGGUUUGGAGUUACAGCAUUCCGUGUCAUAUGAAAGAAACGCCAGCCACUUCAGCAGUGACCUCAGACCAGAAGUCUGUCUUCCUCUUCUGGGCGGAGGGGCUGUCAGCCGCGUCUCCCAACUCCGAUGGCGUCCUAGGGACGGAGCCGCCCAGCCUUUACCAUCUGUACCUCCUGCACCCAGCCUUCCCCUCCAUCCUCCUGGAUCUGGCCAACACCACGGGCACAGUGACGGCUUCGCAGGUUGGAAUUAACGACCUCUGGAAAGAUGCCUUUUAUGUUACCAGGACAACAGGACCAAGCUCCGAAGGCCAUCCCGCAGCCCUGGUGGUCAGCAAGCUCAGUCUGCGGUGGGCACUGAUGGAGGGCCAGGUGGCCCAGCUACAGGAAACCACCCCCAAAAUUGGCCGUGGGGAGUUGCGGAGAUUUCUCUCUAGGAUAAAGUUUGUUGAUGCUCCCUGUGAGAUCUAGUCUGAUGGAAUCUUCGGUUUCAGAAGAUGUGAACAGAAUGGAGCUCUCCUGUCAGUAUAAAAUCAGUUCUCUGGAGAGAAGGAAGAGUGUUCCAACCUCAUGUUACCGCCUCCUCCCGACUGCUGCAAAGCACUUUGGAAGGCGCUUUGGAGUUCUUUGAUAACAGCAUGAUCCAUUCGGCUGGGCGUCUUACCCACUACCUUCUCAGUCCCUGCAUUAACUCCCUCUAGGAACUGUGUAUGGAUAGUUUGGAAAUGUGAAUCUUGUAAGUGUUUUGUUUUUUGUGUGUGUCUAAUUUAUAACGUCUUGCUGGGAAAUCCAGUGAAGUCUACGACUAGGAAACCUCUUAUUUUGCAUUAUGCCGUGUUUGUGUGUUUUUAGUGUUGUGGUGAAGUUAUUUUUCAGAUAUGUCCUAAGCUUCAGGGAUCCCAUUUCUUGUCCUUCUGAAAUAUAUCUGGUUUGUUGGGCCAUCUUGAGACCUCCAGGUGGCUCACCUCUGAUUUCAGGGGUCACUCCUCAUUUCUCUCCAGGUUCCCUCCCCCUCCGUGCUGUGGCAACUUCCCAGCUGUAGACGGCAGGGAGACACUGGCAGCUGAAGACUGAGCUAGCCAUCCCAGCAUUUUAUCUCUUCCUUGAGUAUCCUGUUUCCUCAGGCUUUCCAUCUGUAUCUGUUUAGUGGCCACAAGAAUAACCAUAUUCCUAUCACAAGGAUAGCAAGAGAAACAUAGUUUCAGUGACCCAUCUACGACCAAUUCCAUCUGUUACACGUGGCUUGGAUGGUUCUGCCAGUCGUGAUCUUCCUCCAUGGUGGCUCAGAAGCGUGCCGUGCACGCGCAUGCUGUCUUCACCCCAGAGGGGAACUGGACGUUGGGGAGCUUCGAGGCUGCCGUCUUCCCUGGCUUCCUCUCUCCUCUGCUUUCUUUGCAUCUUUUUCUGUAGGGCAUCCUCUCACCUCCUCUCCUUUGCUUUCUCUCCUAUUCAGGGAUAUGUUUCUGGACUUCUGCUUUUGCUGCUUGAGUCCAAUAUGCAGCCACUUUGCCCUGCACUUGUUCCUUGUAGAGCCUUUGGAGCAUUGUAUUUUGAGAAAAUUCUUAUGUAAAUACUAUGACUUUUGUAAAUGAUUAGGUUCUUUAGAAUUAUCUCUAGUGCUUACUUUCCCCUUCUUCUCUAUAAAUCUGUUACUUCUGUUACAUUCUCCACGAAACUUCUAGGUCAUUA